AUGUAUAUUAUCUAUCUUCACAUCACAUCACACAACGCUGCCUGCAUGACAUGGCAGGUGUUUGGUGUGAUAGAGGCGGAUGCAGAAAGUGCAGGAGAGGAUGGGAAAAGGGGAGAGGGCAGCGAAGCAGAGGGGCCAGACGCGAAGAGAGUGAAGCUGGAAGGGGGCGCGGCUGCUGUUGCUGCUUUUCUCGGGCUCCUCAAAAUGUACUAUCUAUCUCUUUCCACAUCCCACAAUGCUGCUUGCAUGGCAUGGCAGGUGUUUGGUGUGAUAGAGGCAGAUGCGGAAGGCCCAGGUGGGGAGGGGAAAAAGGGAGAGGGCAGCGAAGCAGAGGGGCCAGAUGCGAAGAGAGUGAAGCUGGAAGGGGGCGCGGCAGCAGCAGGGGCAUCGGGGAAUGGGGGCUCGCCAGGUGGCAAGAGGAAGCUGUUUGUGGGCAGCAACGCCCUUGGAUACAGACGAGACUUCAUGGAGGUGGUGCCCUCUGUGUCCAAUGGUCUUCUUUCAGAUUGGGAAGGAGUUGCUGCCAUUUGGGAGCAUGCACUUAAAGAUCGCUUGCUAGUCGAUCCAAAGGAGCACGCAGUGCUGCUGGCUGAACCGUCGUUCAACCCACCAGCAGCAAGGGAGAAGACCGUUCAGCUCAUGUUUGAAACCCUCGGGUCCCCAGCGGUGUUCCUGGCAAGGAAUGCUGUUCUGACGUCCUUCUCCUGUGGGAAAGCCACCUCUCUUGUCGUCGACAGCGGUUUUUCAUCCACAACAGUCGCAGCAGUGCACGACGGAUACGUGCUGCAGAAGUCUCUUCGUCGCUCGCCUGUGGCUGGGGAUGCACUCACAGAGUUUCUCCUUCGGUCUGUGGGCAGGCAAAAGGUUCGCCCGCGGUUCUCGUUCAAGCGAGUGUUGAUCCGACCAGGCCAGUUUGAGGCGACAGCAGCAGACAUGAAGGAGACUGUGUGCCGCGUGCCUGAUGCUCCCUAUGACGAUCUCUCCUUCUCCAAUGUCCCAACAGUGGCAUAUGAAUUGCCAGACGGCCAGGUACUGGAGGUGGGCAGUGACCGGUUCAAAGUGGCUGACGCGCUCUUCAAUCCAAGCCUGCUCUCUUCAAUCGCUUCAGGCGACCCUUCCAGUGGUGGGUGGACAGCAGAGGCCAUUGCUGAUGCUGCCAAGUCACUGGGGAUAGCAAGAAUGGUGGUUGACAGCAUCAGCAAGUGUGAUGUGGAUAUUCGCAAGGAUCUGUACAGCUCCGUGCUGUUGUCUGGAGGCACUAUGGCCAUGCAGCAAAUCAAAGAGCGAUUGGAAAAGGAGCUCAUGGCGGAGGCCCCGCAAACGGCAAAAGUGAAGGUUUUGGCAAGCGGCAAUGUUAUGGAAAGGAAGUUCAGCCCGAAUCCCAAGACGAACAACGCCAUCCUGCAAAUCAACAGGGUCACCAAAGAUGCACUGGGGAUCGGCGGGAUCUUUCACGGAGCUGUAGAGGUUUAUGGCGAGGAGUGGUCGUUUGGCUACUGCGAGCGAGGGUCAGGAGUAUUCAGCUGUCCGCCUAAGGGGAACCCCAUGUACACAUUCAGGGAGACGAUAGAGAUGGGUGUCACGGGCAUGGGGGAGAAGAAAGUAGGCGAGCUGCUCCGGAGAUUGAGUAAAGAAUGGCCAGGGCGCUCCUACGACAUGCUGGCGCGGAAUUGCAACCACUUUUGUGACGAAUUCUGUCAAGCGCUCGGCGUUGGUCCCACUCCAGUGUGGGUCAACCGCUUUGCGUAUGCUGGAGAUGUGACAUUGGAGUUAUAUGAUCAAGCAUCAACUCAGCUGUCUCAAUUCCGUGAUUCAAUGACCCAGCUCAGCACCAGCACCUACUCUUAUCUCUUUGGCCCACCACAAGCGCCACCCCUCACGGCAUCUGCAUCCUUCCCAGCCGUGUCCUCUGCUGCUAUGAAUGGGGAAACUCGAGUGCCUGUUUCAAAGAGCAUGGGAGCAAUGAGGGAACCAAAGGAAGGGGAUGGAUCCCCAUUGCUCGCUGCAGAUGGGAAUAGAGAAGGCAACAGAGCAUCUUUGCCUGUGUUUGCUACGGUGGAUGCUUCUUCAAGGGGUCAAAGCUGA